ACUGCGGCGCGAGGGGUGGGGCCUCAGCCGCUUUGCAGCCACGGACCAAUGAGCAGGCGCCGGACGACCCGUGGCCCAAUGGUGGCGGCGCGCGGGCACGCUGGGGGCGGGCCGGGCGCGCCGACUUUUCCAGAAGACCCGGAUAGUGCCUCCCGGCCACGCCGCGCCGGCUCUGAGCUUUCCGCACGCCGAGUCGCUUCCUUUUCCUCCGCUGGAGCAGCUAUGGCGGCGGUCAAGACCCUGAACCCCAAGGCCGAGGUGGCCCGAGCACAGGCGGCACUGGCGGUCAACAUCAGCGCGGCGCGGGGUCUGCAGGACGUGCUGAGGACCAACCUGGGGCCCAAGGGCACCAUGAAGAUGCUUGUUUCUGGCGCUGGAGACAUCAAGCUUACUAAAGACGGCAACGUGCUGCUUCACGAAAUGGUGAGAGGUGCUCUGCUAGGUCAAAAAGGUCUUGAUUUUCCGUACAAUGUUUGCUUUGUAGAAAGAUUUGCAAUGUCCAUUUUCAGGGUAGGAGAACAUUCAGAAGUGGCAUGUAUUCAAAUGGUUAUGCUCCUCCUAUUGCAGGCUGUAGUGGACUCCAUUUUGGCCAUUAAAAAACAAGAUGAGCCUGUUGAUCUCUUCAUGAUUGAGAUCAUGGAGAUGAAACAUAAAUCUGAAACUGAUACAAGCUUAAUCAGAGGGCUUGUUUUGGACCACGGAGCACGGCAUCCUGAUAUGAAGAAAAGGGUGGAAGAUGCGUACAUCCUCACAUGUAACGUGUCAUUAGAAUAUGAAAAAACAGAAGUGAAUUCUGGCUUUUUUUACAAGAGUGCAGAAGAGAGAGAAAAACUUGUAAAAGCUGAAAGAAAAUUCAUUGAAGAUAGAAUUAAAAAAAUAAUAGAACUGAAAAGGAAAGUCUGUGGUGAUUCAGACAAAGGAUUUGUUGUUAUUAAUCAAAAGGGAAUUGAUCCCUUUUCCUUAGAUGCUCUUUCAAAAGAAGGCAUAGUUGCUCUGCGCAGAGCUAAAAGGAGAAAUAUGGAGAGGUUGACUCUUGCUUGUGGUGGGGUAGCCCUGAAUUCUUUUGAUGACCUAAGUCCUGACUGCUUGGGACAUGCAGGCCUUGUAUAUGAGUAUACAUUGGGAGAAGAGAAAUUCACCUUUAUUGAGAAAUGUAACAACCCUCGUUCUGUCACAUUAUUGAUCAAAGGACCAAAUAAGCACACACUCACUCAGAUCAAAGAUGCAGUAAGGGAUGGCUUGAGGGCUGCAGAAGCCCUGAUGAAAUAUAAGCCCAGUGUAAAGGGCAGGGCACAGCUUGGCGUCCAAGCAUUUGCUGAUGCAUUGCUCAUUAUUCCCAAGGUUCUUGCUCAGAACUCUGGUUUUGACCUUCAGGAAACAUUAGUUAAAAUUCAAGCAGAACAUUCAGAAUCAGGUCAGCUUGUGGGUGUGGACCUCAACACAGGUGAGCCAGUGGUAGCAGCAGAAGUAGGCGUAUGGGAUAACUAUUGUGUAAAGAAACAGCUUCUUCACUCCUGCACUGUGAUUGCCACCAACAUUCUCUUGGUUGAUGAGAUCAUGCGAGCUGGAAUGUCUUCUCUGAAAGGUUGAAUUGAAGCUUCCUCUGUAUCUGGAUCUUGAAGACUCUGCAAAGUGAUCCUGAGGAAUACAGCUGUGGAAUUUUUGUCCAAGCUUCAAAUGAUUUUCAAAGGAAUUUUCCCAUAUGAAAAAAGAGAACACUGGCAUCUGUUGAAAUUCAGAAGCUCUGAAAUUAUAAUGACAGUAUUUUAUUUUAAUUGCACUGAAGUGUACACACUUUAAAGCAGGUCUUUCACCCAGUGAACAGGAUGCUUUGCUUUAGCAGCAGUGACAUAAAAUUCCAUGUUAGAUAAGCAUAUGUUGCCUACCUUGUUAUUAAAUAUUCCUUGAAAAACAGAUUUUAAUGGUUUAAUAAUUUCAUGUGGAUGUAUGUUAAAUUACCAACAGUACCCUACUGAUACAAGCAUUUGGUUUUAAGAUUUUUAUGCUAAUCUAACGUUUAAGUAAUUUAAAAUUUUGAAAGCCUCCCUGUUAGUAUAAAUUUCUGAGUAAAUUCAUUGGAUCAGAUAGACUUUUUAUGCUUUUGAAAUGGCUUUGCUAAAAUGCUCCCACCAAGUUAAGUUGUAGGAAAUGGGAAGAGGAGUAAACUAGAGGCAAGGGAGUUGAGAGAGCUGCAAGUGUAAAGGUGCAAAAACAGAAGAGGCAGAGGCAAAAAAAUAGUGGAAGGCGUGGUGACUAAGGGAUAGGGUUAUUGGUGAAAUUCGAGAUUUGCAGGCUGUAUUUUCAAACUUAUGAAAUUUUGCUUAUGCAAAAUACUCAUUCCCAAACCUCUCGCGUCAUAUUUUUCUCACCCAAAUUACUACGUUGCCACGAGAUUGUUUAUAUAGCUGGUCUGCCUCUGCAGUCCUUGAAGGUGAAGUUGUGUUAUUAGGUUGUGUAUUUUGAGGGCUGCGCAGUGGCCUGCAGUGAGUGUGCAAUAAAUGUUAAGUUGAAACCU